AUGGUCAGCGCCACCCGGCCCCUAGGGCAGACCGGCAGGCAUGGGCGCCUGGUGCUCCUGGGGACCCAGAAUGUACAGGAUUAUCAUGGACAUAAAAUUUGUGAUCCUUAUGCUUGGCUUGAAGACCCAGACAGCGAGCAGACAAAGGCUUUUGUGGAGGCACAGAACAAGAUCACGGUGCCGUUUCUUGAGCAGUGUCCAAUCCGAGGUUUAUACAAGGAGAGAAUGACUGAACUGUAUGACUACCCCAAGUACAGCUGCCACUUCAAGAAAGGAAAGCGGUAUUUUUAUUUUUACAAUACAGGUUUGCAGAACCAGCGUGUACUGUAUGUACAGGACUCCUUAGAGGGGGAAGCCAGGGUGUUCCUCGACCCCAACACCCUGUCGGAUGACGGCACAGUAGCACUCCGAGGUUAUGCCUUCAGUGAAGACGGUGAAUACUUUGCCUAUGGUCUGAGUGCCAGUGGCUCAGACUGGGUGACGAUCAAGUUCAUGAAAGUCGACGGUGCCAAAGAGCUUCCUGACGUGCUGGAGAGAGUCAAGUUCACCUGUAUGGCCUGGACCCAUGAUGGCAAGGGGAUGUUCUACAACUCAUACCCGCAGCAGGAUGGGAAGAGUGACGGAACAGAGACAUCCACCAAUCUCCACCAGAAGCUCUGCUACCACGUCUUGGGGACAGAUCAGUCAGAAGAUGUUUUGUGUGCUGAGUUCCCCGACGAGCCCAAAUGGAUGGGGGGAGCCGAGCUCUCGGAUGACGGCCGCUACGUCUUGUUAUCCAUCUGGGAGGGGUGUGAUCCGGUAAACCGACUGUGGUACUGUGACCUCCAGCAGGAAUCCAACGGUAUCACUGGAAUCCUGAAGUGGGUCAAACUGAUAGACAAUUUUGAAGGAGAAUAUGACUACGUGACCAAUGAGGGGACGGUGUUCACGUUCAAGACGAACCGCAAUUCUCCUAAUUACCGUCUGAUCAACAUCGACUUCAUGGACCCUGACGAGUCUAAGUGGAAAGUGCUUGUUCCCGAGCAUGAGAAAGAUGUCUUAGAGUGGGUGGCUUGUGUCAGGUCCAACUUCCUGGUCUUGUGCUACCUCCACGACGUGAAGAACAUUCUGCAGCUUCACGACCUGACCACGGGUGCUCUCCUCAAGACCUUCCCGCUGGACGUGGGCAGCGUGGUGGGGUACAGCGGGCGCAAAAAGGACUCGGAGAUCUUCUACCAGUUCACGUCCUUUCUGUCUCCAGGCGUCAUUUACCACUGUGAUCUUACCAAAGAGGAGCUGGAACCCAUGGUUUUCCGCGAGGUGACGGUGAAGGGAAUCGAUGCUUCUGAUUACCAGACAAUCCAGGUUUUCUACCCUAGCAAGGACGGCACCAAGAUUCCAAUGUUUAUAGUGCAUAAAAAGGGCAUAAAGUUGGAUGGCUCACAUCCUGCUUUCUUAUAUGGCUAUGGUGGCUUCAACAUCUCCAUCACACCCAACUACAGCGUGUCCAGGCUCAUUUUUGUGAGACACAUGGGCGGCGUCCUCGCAGUGGCUAACAUCAGAGGCGGUGGUGAAUACGGAGAGACGUGGCACAAAGGUGGUAUCCUGGCCAACAAACAAAACUGUUUUGAUGACUUUCAGUGUGCUGCCGAGUAUCUCAUUAAAGAAGGCUACACGUCCUCCAAGAGGCUUACCAUCAACGGAGGCUCCAAUGGAGGCCUCUUAGUGGCUGUUUGUGCAAAUCAACGUCCAGACCUCUUCGGCUGUGUUAUUGCCCAGGUUGGAGUGAUGGACAUGUUGAAGUUCCACAAGUUUACCAUUGGUCAUGCCUGGACCACUGAUUAUGGGUGCUCAGACAGCAAGCAACACUUCGAAUGGCUUCUCAAAUACUCACCACUGCAUAACGUGAAGCUUCCGGAGGCGGAUGACACCCAGUACCCUUCCAUGCUUCUCCUCACGGCUGACCACGAUGACCGGGUGGUCCCGCUGCACUCCCUGAAGUUCAUCGCCACGCUCCAAUACAUUGUGGGCCGCAGCCGGAAGCAGAGCAACCCCUUGCUGAUCCACGUGGACACCAAGGCUGGCCACGGGGCCGGGAAACCCACCGCCAAAGUGAUAGAAGAAGUUUCCGAUAUGUUUGCAUUCAUAGCGCGGUGCCUAAACAUCGAGUGGAUUCAGUAGAUGGGAUUUCCGCCUCCUCCCAACAGCCACAGAAAACCUCAAGGGCUUUCUCACCAUCCUGACCAAGAAACCACUGGGCAGAAUGCUGCCCGCGUGAGCACUGUGCCUCUGCUCACAGACAGCAACUGAGCAGAAUGCCAUGGGGGUUUUAUCUUUUCUAGGCUUCUCCUUUAUAGCAAGCCCUUGAUGCUUUGUUUCUUUCAGUUUUUUUCCCACUUGAUCAAGGCACAUAUUUUAAAAGGGGGGAGAAGGGGGCAUGUUUGGAUAAGAAACUAAAUGGUGAUGCACAUGAUGUGAAUAUUUGACCCCUGGAUUGAGUAAGGGUCAUAGUUGGGCAUACUCAUAUAUAAUAAUGAAGUUGCUUCUCUAACCAUAACAUAUAUCCUUAAAUAAAUGGGAGACCUUGAGGGAGACUCCACUGCAAUACUAAUAAAUGCUAUUUAAGAGUGGAGGCUUUAGUUUUGGUUCCUUUGCAAUGAGAGGCAGCCCUCAGGAUGCGGAUGACUAUCACAACGAAGACUAACCCUCCUUAUGCUGUAGGUUAGUUUCCAAACGAUUAGCAUAUUAGUACCACCCAAAAGAGGCUGACCAUCCACCUCAUCUCACUUCAAGGGAUGCAGCUAAGGGAGAUGGCUCACCAUCUCCGCUGUUACUACUCAGGUAAAGAGCUGAUUGAGAUUUUUCAUUUUGGUUGCUUCUAUUUUUAAAAACCUCUGAACUGGGGUUCGGUAGAUGGCUCUGAAGGCAAGGCGCUCGCUGUGCAAGCCCAAGGACCUGCUGAGUUUGAGUAACAGCACCUAUGUAAAAUGCUGGGCAAGACUCCGUGUGCCUGUAACCCCAGCGGUGGGGGCAGCAGUAGGCCGAUCUUUAACAUCCAGUGGCCAUCCAAGUUAGCCAAAAUGGUGAGCUUCUGGUUUAUUGAGAGAUGGUAUGGUGCCAGAGAAAGACAGAAAGUACAGUGGUCAUCCUCAGGCCUCCGAGUGCACGUGCCUAGAUGGGCACACCCACACACUUACAUGCUUGUACCACACGCAAAAACUGCAUAAACACA